AUGCAUGUAUCACACACUGUAUCACAGACCGUCAGUUUAGCGUUACAAAUGAGAGUGAUGAAUUUAGGAAAAUUUGCCGCUGUUAGACGAGCAAUUCAUAAAAAAUCUGGUGUACAUUUUGCUGCAAAAUUUUUAAAGAGACGUCGUCGAGCUCAAUCAUCUGACAAAGAGAUAAAACAUGAAAUUGCUGUACUUAUAUUAUGUUCAGAUUCUGAAAAUAUUGUACAAUUAAAUGCAGUACAUGAAUCAAGAGCAGAUACAGCAUUACUAUUGGAAUUAGCAACUGGUGGUGAAUUACAAGCUUUACUUGAUAAUGAAGGAUCGUUGACUGAAGCACAAGCAAGAAUUUGCAUGAGAGAAGUACUUAAAGCACUACAGUUCCUUCAUAAAAGAUCAAUAGCACAUUUAGAUUUGAAACCACAAAAUAUUUUGUUAACUGGAGAAAAUGUUGAAGAUGGUUUAAAAUUAUGUGAUUUUGGUAUAUCACGUGUUAUUGAAAAUGGAAGUAAAGUACGUGAAAUAUUGGGUACACCUGAUUAUGUUGCACCAGAAGUUUUACAAUAUGAACCAUUGUCUUUGCAAACCGAUAUAUGGUCAGUUGGUGUAUUAACUUAUGUUUUAUUAAGUGGUUAUUCACCAUUUGGCGGCGAUACAAAACAAGAAACAUUUUUAAAUAUAUCACAGUGUGCAUUAACUUUCCCAGAUGAUUUAUUUAAAGGUGUAUCAGAUCAAGCUAUCGAUUUUAUGAAGAGCACAUUAAGAAUAAAACCAAAUGAUCGUUUAACUGCUGCAGAAUGUCUAGAGCAUUUUUGGUUAAAAGAUGAAUUUACCAUAGACAAAAGAUUUUGCAACGGAUCAAUGGCCAGUGAUGGAAUAUCAUCGGAUCCAUAUGAAAUAAUCGAUGACGAAGAUGAUGAAGAUGAAGAUAGAGGAAUUGAAGAAAAUGAUAGUGAUGAUCAAAUAUCAAAUAUCAUAAUAAAUAAAAAACAAAGCACAAAUAAUAAAACAAAUGGUUGUUUACAAAAACCAAGUAAUAGUUUUAAUAAUAGUAUUGAAUUAGCUUCACAAAAUCACCACCAAAAUGCUACUGCAGCUGCAAAUUCAAAUGGCCGUAUUACUUCAUCUUUAACAACAAGAAAAUCUAGUAAUAAUAUUAAUAAUACAACAUGUAGUAAUAAUAGCACAAUUAAUAUACAAAAUAACCAAAAAUCAUCAACAGUAUCAACAACAACAUCAACAAAUUAUGAUGAAAAAACAAAAAUGAUAGAUGAAAAUAACAGUGAAAAUAAAGAAAAUUAUUUAAUGAAUUCAUCACAAUUAGUACUUCAUUUAAAUGGUAAUAACAAUAGUAAAUCAACAACAAUAACAGCAAAUUCAGGAACAUCAACAGUAACAAAUAAUCGCUUAAAUAAUAGUAAUGUGUCACGUGAUAACAAUUGCAGUUUACAAUUGAACGGUUUAAAUAAUUGUAAUAACAGUUUUCAAACAGAAACAAAUGGUUAUGAUCAUUAUCAUCAUAAUCAACAUCAGCAUCAUCAAAUUGAAAAAUUAAAAUCACCCCAAUUAGUUAGUUCAAGUUCAAAUUCAUCAAUGACAUUUUCACCAAAUAAUUCAACAACAGUUUCAACAAAUACAUCUACAACAAAUGGCCAUUUAAAUCAAAAUGGUACAAUAUUAUUUCCAGAUGCACCAACAACACCAAAAGUAAUACGUAAAGCACCAUCAGAUUCACCAACAAGUGUUAAAGCAUUAGUUAAAAAAUUUCAAUUAGAAAGUGGUGAACCAUUACAAACACCAACAUUAUUAAAAGAAACUGUUUUAGGUACAGAAUAUAAUGAAUGUUCAUUAACAAAUGGAACAUCAUCAUCAUCAACAACAGCAACAACAACAACAACAACAGCAAAUGAUUUAAAAUAUUUAAAUGGUUGUAAUGGCAGUAAUAGUUGUAAUAAUAUUGGUAAUAAUUCAAAUGAUAUUUUAAACAACGAACAACAUUGUAAUAGCAGCACAAAAUUAUUAAAUGGUAGCAAUACAAAUAACAGUAAUAGCAUUAAUAGUUCACCAGUUAAAUCAUUUAAAGCAACUGUUGCAAGUGUUGCUGCAGCAGCUAGUUGCAGUGUAUUCUGUUUACAUAAAUGUAAUGGUUGUGGUAAUUCAUCUGGAUGCCGGCAUUCUGGUAAUACUACAACACAAGUUGUUAAUAAUUGUAGUAGCAAUAAUACAACAAAAACAUCGAGCACUAUUUGCCUAGAUCACAGUAUCAUUUGUUAGCUAAAAAGGUUUUUUUGGAAAUAAUUUUAUUUUAUUUAAGAUUUAUUAAUUUUAUUUAAGUUUAUUAAUUUUUAAAAACAAUUAUUAUUACUGUAUUUUUGUAUUUACUAAUUAAUUAAAUUAAAUAAUUACCUUUUUUUUUUUUUCUUUCUUAUUAUAAUAUUAUAAUAAUAUAUAUAUAUAAAUUUUUUUUUUAUAUUUUUAAUAUUUAAUUUAACUUAAACACAAAAUUCUAAAACAGAAAACCGAAGAAAUACAUAACAUUUUAUAAUUAUCUUAAAAAAGACAGAGAAGAUGAUGAAAACAAAAACAUAAAGAUAUAAUAAUUUACAUAAACUGUUUUUCUAUUUAAUUUUUUUUUUCAAUAUAUUUUAUAAUACACAUUAUAAAUUUGAACUUCUUAAAAUUUUGUGUUUUAUUUCAUUAAAAUAUUUUGUUUUUUUCACACAAUUUUUAUUAUUAUUUAAGUUUUUUGCUCUUAAGCUUACAGGAAUUGAUUUUGAUAUAAUGUUGAUUAGCCUGAAAAUAUGCAAAAUUAUUUUGAUUUAAUCAAAAUGUAAAUUGAAUUCGAGAAUCGAUUUUAAAUCAAUAAAAAAUAUCAAAUAGUCAAUGCAAAAAUAAAGUAAAUUUAUAAAAUAAUUGAAGUAUUCAUGAAAAUUU